UUCUCCCUGGUGGACUUGCGGGGAGGGAGAUGAGCUCCCGGCCACCCCUUCCAGGAAGGCAGGAGGGACAGGGCAGCACAGAGCCCCCUGAAGGCAAGAGCCACCCCUGGGCCCCGCAGCAGCACCCAGCGGGGAGGAGCCUUCCCCGGGGCUCGCUGCCCCACUCCUCCAAGCCGCUCACGUCCUUCCUCAUCCAAGACAUUCUGCGGGACGGUGCCGACCGCGGAGCUGCGGGGAAGGGGAGGAAGAGCCGGGGAUGCUGCGGUGCCUCUAGCCCGGAGCCUGCGCUGGACGGUGCAAGCUCCGCUCCCCGGGAGCCAGCUGGGAAACCCCUCCCUGAAGGGGUCCCCCCGCCGCCCCCGGAGCAGCCCGGAGAGCCAGCCGCAGAGGCAUAUACGGAGACCAACCUAUCAGACUGUGAAAACCCUCUGAAAUCCUCACCGAGCAACCAAAGGACCCCGAAGCAGCAAAAGCGCUCACGGGCAGCCUUCUCCCACACUCAGGUCAUUGAGUUAGAAAGGAAGUUCAGUCAUCAGAAGUAUCUGUCUGCCCCGGAGCGAGCCCACCUGGCGAAGAACCUGAAGCUCACUGAAACCCAGGUGAAAAUCUGGUUCCAGAACAGAAGGUACAAAACCAAAAGGAAGCAACUAGCCUCAGAACUCAGUGGACUUGAUAAGAACUCAGUUUUCCCAGUCCUUAAAGAGGAUGAUGUCUCCAGGGCCUCUCUGAUUUCUGUGUAUAACAGCUACCAGUACUAUCCAUACCUGUACUACUUGAAUGGCUGGAGUCCCUCUUUGUGGUAACUACAGCUAAAGACUUCAACUUUUCCAAAGAGAAGCUCUUUUUAUUUUUAUUGUUUUGCUUUUUCUAAUAAUGGGUGGGGGUGGGGUUGAAAAGCACUUCUAACCAUAUUUUCAGUGAUGCUGAGCACCCUGCAUGUCCUUUUCCCUUCCAGGGGACUUGCAAGGUUCUCAACACUGCUACAAGUCUAGGAUAACAUUUUCCAAAGCACCUGAUAAUAAAUGCCAUGCUCUUGUUGUAUAGCA